ACCAAGGCUGGGCGCCUUCUAAAGUAAACCAGUGCUCACCCGUUGACUCUUGGUCGCAGCCGUGCUGAGCUGCCCACAGCUCAUCCCAGCGGCACCUGCAGCUCAGGAAGCAGCAUCCGGAGCAUCAGGAGGGGAAAAUGCUGACGGUGGACGACAUCCUGGAGCACACGGGGGAAUUCAACUUCUUCCAGAAACAAACCUUCUUCCUUCUAGCUCUGCUCUCGGCUGCAUUCACCCCAAUCUACGUGGGCAUCGUCUUCCUCGGCUUCAUCCCGGACCACCGCUGCCGGAGCCCCGGGGUGGCCGAGUUGAGCCAGAGAUGCGGCUGGAGCCUGGCCGAGGAACUGAACUACACGGUGCCAGGCCCGGGGCCGGCGGGCCAGGCCUUCCCCCGCCAGUGUCGCCGCUACGAGGUGGACUGGAACCAGAGUGCCCUGGGCUGCGUGGACCCGCUGGCCAGCCUGGCCGCCAACAGCAGCCACCUGCCGCUGGGCCCCUGUCGGUAUGGCUGGGUGUACGACACGCCCGGCUCCUCCAUCGUCACCGAGUUCGACCUGGUAUGCGCCAACUCCUGGUUGCUGGACCUGUUUCAGUCGGCUGUGAAUGUAGGAUUCUUUAUCGGUUCUGUGGGCAUCGGCUACGUCGCAGACAGGUUUGGCCGUAAGCUCUGCCUCUUGCUCACAAUCCUCAUCAACGCGGUGUCCGGAGUCCUCACGGCCAUCUCCCCAACCUAUACGUGGAUGCUCGUUUUUCGCUUGAUCCAGGGACUGGUCAGCAAGGCAGGCUGGAUGAUAGGCUACAUCCUGAUUACAGAGUUUGUCGGGCUGAGCUAUCGGAGAACAGUGGGGAUCUUUUACCAAGUGGCCUUCACCGUUGGGCUCCUGGUGCUUGCUGGGGUGGCAUACGCACUUCCACACUGGAGGUGGCUGCAGUUCACCGUGACUCUGCCCAACUUCUGCUUCUUGUUCUAUUACUGGUGUGUACCUGAGUCCCCCAGGUGGCUGAUCUCCCAGAACAAAAACGCUAAAGCCAUGAGUAUCAUUAAGCACAUCGCAAAGAAAAAUGGAAAAUCUCUACCUGCCUCUCUUCAGAGCCUCAGGCCUGACGAGGAAGUUGGCGAGAAGUUGAAGCCCUCAUUUCUCGAUUUGGUCAGAACCCCUCAGAUAAGGAAACACACUUUGAUCUUGAUGUACAACUGGUUCACGAGCUCUGUUCUCUACCAGGGCCUUGUCAUGCACAUGGGCCUCGCCGGGAGCAACCUCUACCUGGACUUCUUCUACUCAGCGCUGGUUGAAUUCCCAGCCGCCUUCAUCAUCCUCCUCACCAUCGACCGCCUAGGUCGCCGUCAUCCCUGGGCUGCGUCAAAUGUGGUGGCAGGGGCAGCCUGUCUGGCCUCGGUCUUUAUCCCUGAGGACCCACACUGGCUAAGAAUUACCGUCCUGUGCUUGGGCAGAAUGGGGAUCACAAUGGCCUAUGAGAUGGUUUGCCUGGUCAACGCGGAGCUGUACCCCACCUUCAUCAGGAACCUUGGGGUCCUCGUGUGCUCCUCAAUGUGUGACAUCGGUGGCAUCAUUACGCCAUUCCUGGUCUACCGGCUCACCGACAUCUGGCACGAGCUCCCACUGGUGGUCUUUGCUGUGGUUGGCUUGAUUGCUGGAGGCCUGGUGCUGCUGCUUCCAGAAACCAAAGGGAAGACUUUGCCUGAGACCAUUGAAGAAGCUGAAACCAUGCGGAGACCAAGGAAAAACAAGGAAAAGCUCAUUUAUCUCCAAGUCAAGAAGCUAGACAUUCCACCAAAUUAGGACGAGAGAGCUGCUCUGGCUCUCUUUGAGAAAACAAGGCUAGACUCAGAGAUUUCUGCUCUCUUCGCAAAGCACAUGCAAUUCAACCUUACUUCUCUCUGAACACUAUUAACCUUGACCAAAUGGAGUUUGUUGUUCUGUAUACCAGUGUGUCUGCCUCUGGGAUGAGGUCCUGCAGUCCUCCCUCGCUGGAACAGUGUUAAUGCCUGCAUCUUACGUAGAUACCUUGACAGCGGAUGCCAGAACGUCUCAAGACCUCCCCCACACAUCCAGAGUCUAUUCUAGAAAAUCUCACGGGGAGGAGUAAACAGUCUGUCUAGGAAAAGAGGGAGCUUAUCCAUGAAAAGACUGUCAAGAUUUGGUAACUUACAUCAGCAGAAAUAUGGCGGACCAUUGAGGAAUGAAUGAUAAUGAUGCUUGGCCAGAAGGAUGAAACAUAAUAACAGAUCAGGUCACAUUUGUUGGUAUAAAUGCUCUAACCCAAGAUCUAGACUUAAUGCGCCCGCUGGAGCGUCAAGCAGCAGCUCCAGUAGUCAGCAGACCAACAACAGUAGAAAAGAUAUAAGGGAAUGUUUCCAUAAUGGGAAAUGAGAAAGACUUCUUAGGCAAGAACAGAACCCGGGAGACCUAAAGUGAAAGAUCGAUGGAUCAACGUGACUGCACAAAGCAAGACUAAGUGAAAUGAGGCUAGCUGGGUAAUUUAAUGGAUGAGUGACCAAUCCGGGAAAAUAUUUGCAACACAUAUAAAAUAUCCAAAAGAAAUAGAGAGCUACUAACGAUCACAAGGAAAAGACAGUCCUUUAGACAGACCGUUAGGGGAAAAUAAUGGCCCAAGAAUACAAAGUUAUUUAUAGAAGUCGCAUUAAAUUUUUUUUUUGGUCUUUUUGUCAUUUCUUGGGCCACUCCCG